GUAAACGAUUUUCGAACCAUCAUUCGUCCACCAGCUACCGGCCAACUAUUUCGACGACCCGCAAACCGUGUACAACCGCAGUCACUAUGGCACCAGGAGGUAAAUCCGCAGGCAAGGCCAUGAAGAAGUCCGGCAAGGCGCAGAAAAACAUCACCAAGUCCGACAAGAAGCGCAAGCCGAAGAGGAAAGAAUCGUACGGUAUUUACAUCUACAAGGUGUUGAAACAAGUCCACCCCGACACCGGCGUUUCCUCCAAGGCGAUGAGCAUCAUGAACAGCUUCGUCAACGACAUUUUCGAACGCAUCGCCGCCGAAUCCAGCCGUCUGGCCCACUACAACAAGCGUUCGACCAUCACCAGCCGGGAGAUCCAGACCGCCGUCCGUCUGCUGUUGCCCGGUGAAUUGGCCAAGCACGCCGUCAGUGAAGGCACCAAGGCCGUGACCAAGUACACCAGUUCCAAAUAAGCGUUUCGAUAUUAGUCGCGCGCUAUAUCCACUUAAAACGGCCCUUUUCAGGGCCACCAAAUUAUUUUGAUACACGGUCUCGUCUCCCGUUAUAAUAUUAUUAUUAUUCGUAGUGUUGUACCCUAUUUAAGUU